CAAUUCCAAAGAGAAAGAAAACGAACCGUCUUCUUCUUUUCUUUCCACAGCUCUCCUCUCAUCCCUACCAUCCGUUCAAUGGCCCCCUUCCCUUUGAAUCAACUUUGAGUCCACCCAAAGCGAUUAGGAUUCCAUGUGGGUUUUCAAUCUUCUUCUUCUUCUUUUUGUGAUUUAGUUUUAUGCAUCUUGGCAUUGAACUAUUGAAGAAUAGUCAUUUCUUAAAGGUUCCUGAUCUGGGUCUUUGUUACUUCCCUGGUUUUCUGUGUCUUGCAUCAUCUUAAUUGCUCUCGAGCUCGUGGGUCUUCUAAUUCCCCUUAUUUUUAUUUGUCUUGGUCUUGUUGAAGAACUUGGGGUUAUUUCUUGCAACUUGUAUUUGCGGUUGGACUCGUGAGUACCCGUUGAUUUUUGAUAGUGAGCAGAUGUUAGGUUCAGGGAUGAAUUUGAUCACUACAAUUAUUGGGUUUGGGAUGAGUGCCACUUUUAUUGUGUUUGUUUGCACAAGAAUAAUAUGUGGGAGGAUUCGAGCGUCCGAAUCGAGGCAAAUGUUCGAGAUUGAGUCUAGGAUUGACCUUGAACAGCCAGAACAUCGGAUUAGUGGCCUUGAACCAGUGCUGGUUUCGGCUAUUCCCACUAUGAAGUUCAGCCGUGAGGCAUUUAGUUCUGUGGAAGAUGCGCAGUGCUCAAUAUGUUUAGGAGAAUACCAAGAAAAGGAAGUAUUGCGCAUCAUGCCCAAAUGUGGUCACAACUUUCAUCUGUCUUGCAUUGAUGUAUGGCUAAGAAAACAAUCUACAUGUCCCGUUUGUCGGUUCCCAAUACAAGACUCUUUGGAAACAAAACGUAUGAGACAAUCGACAAUGAGUAUGGUCCGGUCUAUUGAUAGUCCUGAGACCUCAACCGAACACUCUCGCCAAUGGCUACUGCCUGGUUCUGAGCGAUCAGUGGGGAAUGCUAGUCACCAAGGGCAUCUUGACAUAGUUCCUGCAACUCCAGAACUUGCUCCAGGAGAGUCACAAACAAGGCAUUGAUAAAGAAAAGAAAUUGGUUUAGCAAUAUAUUCUCAUCUUGAUUCUUGAAAGCUAUCAUGCUUGUGCUUCAAGCCAAUUACUUCACUUUUGGAGCAUUGAAUUUCCUUACUGGAGUAAGUAUAUACAACUUUAGAUUUUGUGUAUAUCUGUACAUAAAAUUCUUCUGAUCCUUUGUAGCAUGGUACUGAGACCGAGUCCUACUUGUUGUGACACAACCAUAAUAAUCCAGAAAAGUUAAGAAAAAAAAAAAAAAGAUCAAACCAUCUUUGUCAUUUCUUCACACACAAGUGUAGGUAAGAAAAAACUCGUUCAAUUUGGAAUAUUCUUACCCAUACCCAGUUGUAUUUUAUAGUUUGAUUUAUACAUAUAAUCAACAAGAAAUCAAUUGGCUAUAA